AUAACAAAGACUGAUAUAGCUAGAUAUAUAGGAAUAUAGGUCCGUCGCAAAUGUGGCACUUUAUAAAUACAAUUUUGAAAAAUAAGAUGGCGGAUCAGGAAAAGCUUCCCGUUCAAGUGUCAGAGUUUUCCUCGAUGUACAAAUGGGAUAUUAUAGUAGCAUUUGACAUAGGCACAAGUUACUCAGGGUAUGCUUACAGUGACAAAAUAGAGAUUGCAACAAACACGAUUAAUCUCAAUGAAUGGUCAGGGAAUUCCACUCUAGACCCGAAGGCCAAGGCCCCUACAACUGUUCUGUUGAAUGAAGAUCAAACCUUCGACUCUUUCGGUUAUGAGGCAGAAGAACGCUAUGCUCAAAGGGUGGAGGAAAAAACUCACAAUAAAUGCUACAGAUUUCGAAACUUUAAAAUGAAACUAUAUCAUGAAAAGAAUAUUACAGAAGCAUUUGUAUUACAAGACGAUCGAGGAAAAAUAUCACUUCCUGCCAUGGUGAUAUUUGUACACACGAUAAAGGCGCUAAAGACUCAUUUUGAAAAUGCGGCCAAAAACCGAGGAGUGGUAUUCAAACCUGAAGAUGUACUUUAUGUGUUUACAGUUCCUGCAAUCUGGUCGGAAUCCGCCAAAGAGUUUAUGAAAAAGGCAGCAAUCAAGGCAGACAUUGCAGAGUACCAGAUUGUCCUUGCGUUAGAACCAGAGGCGGCAGCCCUUUAUUGUAAGAACCUGCCGAACCGGAUGCUGACAGAGUCGUUCGAACCAGGAACAAAGUACAUGGUCCUGGAUAUGGGAGGAGGUACAAUUGACAUAGUUGUUCAUAAGAUCAUGGAAGACGGCACGCUAGCAGAAGUCUAUAAAGCCAGCGGUGGCGAUUGGGGUGGGACCAUUGUGGAUGCCCAAUUCAAGGAUUUUGUCAAUGAACUUUUCAAAAACAAGGAAUGUUUUGAAAAUUUGUGGGAGUUGGCUCCUUUAGAUGCUUUAGACUUUGAGAGAGAAUUUGAGGCGAAGAAAAGACAAAUCAGCAGUAAUAUGAAGGGGAACAUUCGGCUUCAACUACCUGCGCGGUUAAUGCAGUUUGCAAACACUGAGAUUCAAAAGGAACAUAAGCAAACACUUACAUUCGCACACAUGCAUGUUCAAAAUGAACAUUUCAAGAGUUUUUUUACCACUCCAAAAGAUAAAAUUAUUGGUAUUCUCAAAAACAUUUUGGUUGAAAUAGGGACAAUCAAUUUCAUCAUCUUGGUCGGGGGAUUUUCAAGCUCUAAGUAUUUGACAGACGAGAUAAAAAGCAACCCUGCUUUUUCUUCCAUUAAAUUCAUCUCUCCCAAUGAACCUGGCACAGUGGUACUAAAAGGAGCGGUUUUAUUCGUCUACAAUCCUCGAGCUGUUACGGCAAGAAUUUGUAGAUAUACAUACGGAAUACGUGUAAAUAAACCCUUUGAUAGCAAGAUACACCCUGAGAGCAAACGCAGAAUCAUUGAUGGCGAAGAGAAAUGCAUUGAUGUUUUUAACGUUUUGGUAUACAAAGAUGAAUUGGUGAAAUAUGAUGAAGUGAAGACAGAAGAGUUAUACUCAUCUCAUCGUAACAAGGAUAGAAAAUUCGUUUCAAUAGAGAUAGAACUUUUUCAAGCCAAAAACGUGGUUAAGGGUCAGUUUACCUUGGUUACAGAUGAAGGGUUCCAGUCUAUUGGAAAAAUUGUUUGCAAACCACCUGAAAAUGGUUGGCCAGACAGGGUAGACUAUACAGCCAAGAUAUACUUCGGACAGACAAACAUUCGGAUAGAAACCUAUGAAACGGCGAAUAAAGUACCAAUGAAAACAUCUUUUGAACUAGACUAAUACCAAUAUUUUAUGAAACGCGAGACACUUCUCUAUAAAAGAGUAGAAGUUGGCAAAUUGUUACAAAAAUAUACUGUAAAAAUGAAAAUUCCUUUGAAAAUUUAGAAUUAUUAUU